UUUUGGAUUGAAAUAACCUUAGUAACAGCCUUUGCCUUUCCUGUUGCUAUUUCUUGGUAUAUGAUGACUUGAAGAGUUUAUUUACAAAACUGAAACAGGCUGCAUUUUUUACUGUGAAAUCUGGUUACAGAAAUACUUGAGUCAAAACAAGGGAGGUGCGAAAGGUAUCUCCCCAGGUUAAAGUUGUUGUGAACACUGGGGGCUACUUCAGAGAGUUCUGGAGAUCUGACUAGCAGCAGUUCUGUAUUACAGCAUAAUAUUUUAAGUAAUUUUUAAUAACUGAUAAUUGAAAAGAGGAUAAUCUAUUAAAACAAAUAUCUGUUUUAGACCCAAAUCAGAAAAUGCAUGGACAUUUGCAAAAUCAAAUGCAGUACAAGCCAUUGGGGUGAUGUCAUUUGGAGACAUAUUUGAAAACUACUGUAGAGAUGACAACCUUGCUACAUUUGGAAGGUUUUGUUAUGGAGUUACUGUAAUUCUGACCUUCCCCCUUGAAUGCUUUGUGACCAGAGAGGUGAUUGCCAAUGUGUUUUUCCAUGGGAACCUCUCAACAGUUUUCCAUGUUGUUGUGACAGUAGUUAUCAUUGCUGUGGCGACUGGUGUAUCAUUAGUGUAUGAUUGCCUUGGAAUAGUUUUAGAGCUGAAUGGAGUUCUGAGUGCUACCCCACUUGUUUUUAUCAUCCCAUCAGCAUGUUAUCUAAGGCUGUCCAAGGAGCGAUGGAACCAUUCUGAUAACCUCAUAUCCAGCCUGAUUCUUGCUCUUGGUGUGCUAGUGAUGGCAGUUGGGUUUGUUAUGACUGUCUUGCACCCCCAGGAGUGUAGCCAUGGAAAAGAAAUGUUCUACUGCUUCCCUAGUAAUGUUUCUGUUCCCAACAGUACACUGCCACCAUAGGUACCACACCAGUCUCCAGACUAGAUCUCAGGUACAUCUCGCAGUGAGCCAUACAUGCCAGUUUAAAGGAGGGUGGAACAAACAGCUUAGUGCAUAUUUUGAUAUGCACUAAGAAUUUUAAACUGUGUAACUGUAUUUAUGUACUUGAUUUUAUGCUGCCAUCCUUUUCCAGGUAAGACUUGAGUUUUAACUGUUAAAACACAAAUUCUCAGAGGUGCCUUUCAGUAGACAUUACUUGAAUAACUUGCAAGCCUAAAAAAAAGGUUACAUUUUUUAACUUGGUCUGCAAUGCUGUUUAAAAGCUAUAAAUUAAAUGUUUUGGAAUGUAAACAACUCCCAUGUUUCAUUGAUUUAAUUUCAUUUUUAUUAAUUUUAUAAUCUUUUCAUGUAUAUUUAUUAGCACACUGUAGUAUAGGACUUUUUGAAGUCCUGAGGAAAAGUACGUCUGGAUCUCUGUGUAUUAAAAUUCUGCUGUUAAAUUGAAAGACCCUUAUUAAGUCUGUCUUUGAUUUUGCAAUAACUGUCCUUUAGUGUCCUUCCCUUAUAGUGGCUCUUAAGUCAAAGGGCAAUUUUGUAUUGUGACUGAACUGUAACUGACAAAUUUAAUUGUAACUGUUACAAUUUGUGGUCUUCUAAUUAAAAGAUAUUGCAUGAAUAAAUCCAUGCAGGUGAAUUUAAAAAGAUUCUACUAGGCUGUCAUUAUAAAAAUUUAUAGACUGACAGAGAAAAAAAUUACAUGCAUAGCAAACAGUUGGAUUCUUACAUUUAUAACCCGAUUUAUUAUUUCUGAAACUGAAAUUAAACAAUACUGUGUAUCAGGUAUGUGCAGCUUGAGCAAAUGCUGUGAGAAGACAUUGAUUAUCAUUCUAGUCCUCUGAUUCUUUUCAGUAUAUUAUUGUUCAUUUUGUCAAAUUUUGGUGAUUUGUUAUGUUUUCCAAAAUUCAUGUAACAUCGAUUCAUGUAUAUAUAUAUGUGUAUAUUUAUGUACAUGUAUAUAUAUUUAUAAAUAGACUCACAUAUGCCUAUAGAAUAUGAGUAAUUUGAAGUUGAGUAAUAUGAGUAUCCUCAGUCAUAUCAAUGCUGGGAUUUUGAAAAUGUCUUGUUAUGAAAUCAAACUGUAUACUUUGAGUUAAUUAUUGUGGUCAUUGUGGUUCCCCUUGCCAACUAGAUGUAAAAGGCUAUUUCAUUUUUAUGCUGCUUAAUGGGGAUGAUUUUUGUCUUCAUUUCAUACUUGAUGACAAAACCAUUUCAUUCAAGACUUCUGCCUAAGUAGAUCUUUAAGCAAGAGUCAAUAGAUGGCGAUAAUACUUGUAAGAAUAAUACACUUUUUAAAAGUAGUGUUUCCAAAAUGAAUGUUUUAAGUAUCAGUGGGGUUUUUUUAGAAUGGUGGGGGUUUUUUGUUUGUUUUGGUUGUUUUAUUUGUUUUGUUUUGUGUUUUUUCUUAAGUUGUAAAGCAAUUACAAUGAACUGCUAUUCAGUUCAUUGUGUUAUUCUGCUUUAAUUUCCCUAUAUAGAGUCAGCUUUGAGGAUGAUAAUUUUUCUGUUGUCCACGUACCUGAUACAGUUGACAGAGUAUAUUUUUCACCAGUUUAGAUCCAGCAAUAGCUGAUUUUGUCUUAGCUGUGGAUGAAAUUCACUUUCUUCUAUGCCAAAUGGAGUUAAACCUAAAUAAUAUUUCCUUGUGACAGCUAAUGACACCGUCCUGAUGAAUCAGAAAUCUCUCAUGAGCUUUAUUUUCUUUUUUUUUUCUGAUUUUUUCCACUGUUGAAGUGUGUUAUCUUGUUUCAAGUAUUAAUUAUAAGCAGUCUUUGCUUUAGUGUGUCAGUGGAAUCAUUUAUAACGUGUUGUAGUAUUGCCUGUUCAACUUAAACAUUCUGCUGAGGCCGUGUUGAUAUUAAAUCGUGUUUGCGUGUCCUUU